UCCCGAGCUGCGCCGCCACCCCGCUGCUCUCCCCUCAAAAUCCGCGCCUGCCCAAUCCCCUACCUCCCUCAGUUCCACUCCACCAACCACCGCAGCCAUCUUCCACUCGUUCUGGACCGCCAGAUCUCCGAUCCGAAGGCCCAGGAGGCUCCCAUCGCCCCAGCCUCGCCUUCCGCAUCCUCCGAUAGAGGCACUCACCUCGACCCCGAAAGGAUCGAGCCAGCCGUCCCCGCCGGUGAUGAGCAGCAGCGCCAACAGGCACCUCCCCGUGCGCUGCCAGAUCCAGGUUCCCGUCGCCAACGGCCCCCGAGCUCCAGUUCGCCAUGCGGCCGCCAGGAACUGGUGUCCCGCGACCGGAUCCGUCAAGCUCCGCCCCUCGCCAGGCCUCGCACGCUCGCCGCUGCCGCGCCAAGUCUGCCUUCGUCUCUGCUUCGCCCGCUCGAACCUGCUACUGCCUGCUUUGCUCGAUCGAGCAGCGCCAACGAGUUCCUCGCCGCCCAGAUCCACCCGUCUCCGCGUCGCCAGCGCGCCCGAUGCCUCCUCCUCACGCGCCCGUCGCCCUCGCCUUCUCUCUUCUUCUCCUUUUCCGUUCUGCUUCUCUGACUAUAUUGCUCUCUCUCUGUCCUUGCCUCAAACAGGAGCUCCAGCCGGCGCCACCAUCAUCGGAGAUGGGCUCCUGCCGGCCGGAUCCGAUGCGCCCCGUGUCCUCGGCCUCGUCCCCGUCUCCAGGGCGUUGCGCCGCACCACCUGCGCCACCCGCAAGCCCCUGCUUCGCCCCUGCAUCCCCUACUUCGAGCAGGAGGAGGAACGCGCACCUCAGGCGUUGACUGCGACCACUCCAUGCGCCUGGGCCGCCUCUUCUUCGCCUGGUUGACCAAGGCCCAGUCGCACCAGAUCCGGCCCAAGGCCUAUAGUGAGCCUUAACCCAGCCACUGAUUGUCCCUGUGCACUGUUGGGCCGUGUUCCGUUUCAGCCCGAUAGUGUUUUUUUUCUCUGUUGCGAUUUUAGCUUUUUCCCAUGUUUUGCUGUUUUAUAGAAAACCCCUUGUAGAUCAUGCAUGUAAUAACUUAAUAAUCGUGCAUCAUAUUAAAAUGAUUUAUAUAUGAAAGUUGUUUA